UCAGGAACUUCUGAAGUCCUGCCCUUCCAAUGACACCUGAUUUCAACAUCAAGAAUCGUUCAUGGACAACAACAAAGCGGCCACAUCACUGACAUCGAGAAAUGACCUGGCCUCACAGCUAGCGUCAUUCGACUCGAUUCUUGCCCUGGCGUCCGAGUUCAACCUCUCUUCAUCACAGCCUGAACACCACACGUUGGUGCCACCAACUUUGCGGCCGAAAUCCAUCACUACCGCACAGUUGAUAUUCGAUACUGAGGCCAUUCAAGAACAGCUUGCAGAGAUAGAGAGACAAUUGCGGACGGUGCACAAGUUACGGCUCGGCGGUGAUAUUGACGUCCCUAGCUUUGAUGACCGGAUACAAUAUCUGAACGAAUUCAUCAAUCAACUCGCGCUCCUGCAAAAAAAUCGCGCCCAACUCGUCCACAAACUAAGCCAACCACGCGUUGGUGACUAUAUCCUGAUGGACCACGCGUACCACAAGGAUUUCGUAGGACUCUUCCAAAGGAUCCAGGAGGAAAUCCCAAGGAUGCAGCAGAACCUGGAUGCCAUGGCCUGGAGAGACGAAUCCUUGGGAUCGACCAGGGAGUUGGAUCAAGUGAAGACAUGUUUAGAUGAACUGACGGAGCUUUCGCAGCGUCAGUCCGAGAUCGCAGAUGCGUCUCAGAAACUGCAGACGAACCUCAUCAAUGUCCUUCAGCAUUACAAAAAACUGUGAAAUAAUAACAAUAAAGAA